GUACAUGAAAUGCAACUUUUGACGUUGAUAAGGCUCAGUGCUACCGUUAGGGACGAUAAUGGUCUUUACCGGUUCUCCAUUCUCUAAUGUUCACUCCCCGUUUCAGGUUUUCUUUUACACUCAUUUUCUUUCUCCGAGCUCUGCUUCCAGCAAUACGACACCUUACUCAAGUUCAUACUUCUCGGAGACAGAGCAGCACAGCUUCACUUUUUUUGCCUAAAGUAUGUGAUAUUUUGUAGGAGACUUUGACUGAAUGGGUUCCAGGAAGAAGAAUAAAAACCAGACAGUGAAGGAACAGCGACCGAUCCAACAGCACAACUAUAGCGUGCCCGCUCGGAACCUACCGAGGAGUGAACUCGGAGCCGUCAUUUUUGGCUGUAAAGGCCAUACAAUAGAAGAAUGUUUUUCGAAGCUGUUAUUUGGGCUGCCAUUUGGACAUUUUGCGUAUGUGAAGAAGGUUAGUGCUGGCAUGCCGCUGUUCCUUUUUAACUACAGUGACCGGAAGCUUUUGGGCACAUUUGAGGCUGCUGGCCCUGGAAAACUAAAUAUUGAUCCAUAUGCAUGGACUAAUGGGGCAGACCGGGAAACUGACUUUCCUGCACAGGUCAAUAUUAAAAUGUUUGAGAGAUGCUAUGCUUUGAUGGAAGACCAGUUCUACCCCAUCAUUGCUGACAACUACUAUGAUCAGUCACGCCAUUUCUGGUUUGAGAUGGACCAUUCUCAAACAGCCAAGAUGAUCAGCCUGUUUUCAUCUUCAGCUCAGCCUUAUGCCCGUCCUUAUCAACACCAUAGACCUAGAACUGAAGCCAGCUGUUCGAUUCCCCGAAAUCGUUAUACUGCUCCUUUGCCUUAUGAUGGUGGUAAGCCGCCAAAUGCAUCUACAAGUGAAGCGAUUCCACAAAAGGAUGCACACCCAUACUCUGAACAGAAAUCAUGGAGCUCUCUGUUCAAAAAGCACACAUCUUCAGGUCCAAGUUCACCCUUGGCAGAGGAUUACAAUGGGGGAGAAUGGGAAUCUUGUUCUUCUCCUCCAAUUAACAAAAGUGAACUCCAUGAGGCAUUCAGAGAGGAUAUUGAGGGAGAAAAAGCAAGUAGUUAUCCAUUGAUUGAGGCUCCUGGAGUCUAUUCUGGGGAAUGGGAGGGAGAGGAGGAUAAUGUUGAAGGAUUUGAAGAGCCAUUUGUUGAAGCUCCUGAGGAUAUGCUAUCAAUGCUGAUGCAAGAGGUUCAGCUACUGAAGGAGAGACAAAUUGAACAAGAGGAGAGAAUUCAGGCUCUUGAGAAGGAGCUGGCAUCGAAGCGUGCAAGCAAAUCACGGUUUUUAUAAAGUUGAAGCCAUCAAUUCAUAAAGAAGAUCAACAAUAUUUAAAGGUCUCAAAGAUUGACUGAUGUUAAUGAAUGCAGCUCACAACAAUACUUUGAAGAUAGCUCUUUUGUAGUGUCUCCUUUGAUUGUUCUGAGAAUUUGGUAUUUUUAGCGGGGAGAUUUCAUUUGUGCGUGUUCAAUGUAUAUUUUUUAGAAGGGAGAAUAAGAUAUUGUUCCUUUUCAACUGUUCUUUUAAAGCCCCAUCCGGUUUGUGAAAAAAACUAUUAAUGCGCUUUGCGUUCUGACUGCGACUAAAAGGAUAAGUUUAAAUACAAAAAUCAUAAUUUGUAGCACUU